CCCCUGGUCGAGACAGUAUUUGGUCCUGCCAUGAGGGCAGGGGACUGGACUCGAUGACCUCUCGAGGUCCCUUCCAGUCCUAGAGUCUAUGAAUCUACCUAGCAAAUAGACAAAACUGCAAACUAAGUUUAAGAUACUAGAAAGGCAGGAUAUGAACUAGCAGAUUCUCACCCUGAUGGAUGGUGCAGGUGGGCGGCAGAUUCGUAAGGGGAAAGCUGCCCCCAGGUGUUCCAUACCCAGGCCAGAAAUCCCUUAGCCUGGGUCCAGCACCUCCCCCCGUCAGGCUUUGUUCCUCGGGUGUUUCCAGGAGUCUCUUUGGGUGGGGAGUGAAGGACCCAGAUGGCGUCACUCCCCGGCCUUACCCAGCGCUAGCGCCUGGCGGGAACCUUUGUUCCCAAGCUUGGGUCCCAGCCUGGGUUGUGGGAAAAUACUGACACCCCAAGAUGGAGUCCGGAGUCAUGUGGUCUCAUCACAUGUCGCUGUAGAGCCAUUGCAGGUCACUCGCAGGCUGGGGGGGGGGGGGUUCUCAGGAAGGCCCCCCAGGUGGGAGAUAAGCUUCUCCUAAUGCUCAGUGUCGUUUCCUAAUGGCCCUGAAUAGGCCCGUCCCCACCCGCCAUCUUGCCCAGGGGGCGUUCCCCAGGUGUGAGCACCGUUGCUGUACAGCUACACAGUCGAUAUUUAUAACUUCAGUUACCAAGUUAUAAAUACACACCUAGGCUAAUCCUCUUCAGCAAACAUCACUUGUCCAAUGACGCCUCACAGGACUUGUGGAAAACGCAUCAGGAUUAUGCCAUAACCCUGUCAUCAUAACAUCGCGGUGAGGACACGGGCUGCAGGGUCCCGGGGUCACCGACGAUUUUCGGCUGGAAGAAAAGCGAAGGGGAAGCGGCGGCCGCGUUUCGUUUUGAAAGGCCGGCCGCACCCCCAGCGCGAUGGAGAUCCCCAUGCCGGCCCCCAUCUGCCUGGUCGAGAACAGCCCAGCGGGGGAGUUGCGGGUGCAGCAGGAGGCGCUGCAGGUGCUGGCGGACAUCUCCCAGCCCGUGGUGGUGGUGGCCAUCGCCGGGCUGUACCGCACCGGCAAGUCCUACCUCAUGAACCGACUGGCCAGCAAGAGAACGGGGUUCUCGCUGGGCUCCACCAUCCAGUCGCACACCAAGGGCAUCUGGAUGUGGUGCCUGCCCCACCCCCACCCCCGCUGGGCCGGCCACACCCUGGUGCUGCUGGACACCGAGGGGCUGGGCGACGUGGAGAAGGGUGACGGGAAGAACGACACGUGGAUCUUCGCGCUGGCCGUGCUGCUCAGCAGCACCCUGGUCUGUAACAGCCUGGGCACCAUCAACCAGCAGGCCAUGGACCAGCUGCACUACGUGACGGAGCUGACGGAGCGCAUCAAGGUGAAGGCGGCAGGCGAGGGCGGCCGGCAGGAGGGGGAGGAUUCGGCCGAGUUCGUGCGGUUCUUCCCGGCCUUCGUGUGGGCCGUGCGGGAUUUCACGCUGCAGCUGGAGCUGGACGGGCGGGAGAUCACCGAGGACGAGUACCUGGAGAACGCCCUGAAACUAAAGCCAGGCAGCAGCCAGCGAGCCCAGCUCUACAACCUGCCCCGCGAGUGCAUCCGCCAGUUCUUCCCGGCCCGGAAAUGCUUCGUCUUCGUCCAGCCGGCCGGCAGGAGGGACCUGCCCCGGCUGGAGGAGCUGCGGGAGGCCGAGCUGGAGCCCGAGUUCCGGGAGCAGGUGGCCCGGUUCUGCCACCACGUCUGGGAGACGUCAAAGCCCAAGACCAUCCCAGGCGGCCACGUGGUGACCGGGGCCAUGCUGGGGAACCUGGCGGUGACCUACGUGGACGCCAUCCGCAGCGGGGCGGUGCCCUGCAUGGAGAGCGCGGUGCUGGCCCUGGCGCAGAUCGAGAACUCGGCGGCGGUGGGGGAGGCCGUGGCUGCCUACGAGGAGCAGCUGGGGCGGCGGGCGGCGCUGCCCACGGAGAGCAUGCAGGAGCUGCUGGAGCUGCACGCCCAGUGCGAGCGGGAGGCGCUGCGGGUGUUCAUGGCGCGCGCCUUCAAGGACGACGAGCGCCGCUUCCAAGGGGAGCUCAUGCGCCGCCUGGAGGAGCAGAAGCAGGAGCUCUGCCAGCGCAAUGAGCUGGCGUCCUCGGACCGCUGCACGGCCGCCCUGCUGGAGCUGUCGGACGAGCUGGAGGACCGGAUCGGCCAGGGGGUCUAUUUGGUGCCCGGGGGCCACCAGCGCUUCCUGGACGACCAGUGGCAUGUGGUGGAGAGAUACUGGCAGGUGCCGGGGAAGGGGGUGAAGGCCGAGGAGGUGCUGCAGGAGUUCCUCCAGGCCAAGGAGGCCGUGGCCCAGUCCAUCCUGCAGACGGACGAGGCCCUGACGGAGAAGGAGAAGGAGAUGGCAGCCCAGCGAGCCCGGGCCGAGGCGGCCGAGCGGGAGCAGCAGGUCCUGAAGCAGAAGGAGGCUGAGCUGCAGCAGAAGCUGGAGGACCAGGAACGCAGCUACCAGGAGAACCUGCGGCAGCUGAAGGAGCAGCUGGAGGACGAGAGGAAGAAGCUGCUGGAGGAGCAGGGCAAGAUUAUGGAUCAGAAACUCAAGGAGCAGGAGGCCCUGCUGAGGGAGGGGUUCCAGGAGGACGCCAGACGCUUGGAGAGCGAGAUCCGGCGCCUGCAGCAGCAGAGCGAGGAGAUCCAGAAGCCGUCGUGGAUCCAAUCGGCAUUGGACGUUCUGGCCGACGUGGCCCCCUUCGUGCUACCUGGCUUCGCUGGCAAGGCCACCGGAGUCGUCAGCAGCCUCGUCCGGCGGAUGUUCUGAGGGGCCCCCAGCGUCCCGCUCACCCCUGCACCCCAGCGCCCUGUUCACCCGCGGAACCCCCCGCCACAGGACGCUCCGCCGGCGAGCAGCUUAGGAGCAUCCAGCAAAGCAUUGAGUGGUUCUGACUGCAGCGCCGGGGGCUCCCAACCCCCACGCUGGCCGGGUCAGGGAGGAAUAUCUCACCCCACAGGGCCCUGCAGGGACCGUCACUGUGGGAGACGUGCUACCUCAAGAUGCAGGGGACUUGUUGGAGAGGGAUACCAGGAUGGAUGGGGCUCUUUGCCUGAUCUGUGGGGCAGGACCCACGUGAGGUGGCCACCAGACAACCGCACCUGGAGCUGAGGCAGCCUUCUGCCCUGGGUACCUCCCCAGCCCCGGGCCGAGGGAUGGGAGCUGGCUUGGGUGCAGGAUGCCUCUCUGCCUUGCAGCCGGACAGCUUUAAACUCUGCAAUUAAAUAAACCUCCUCACGA